GCAGCUGAAGACGUCCCCUCCCGCGGUGACGGAUCCUCUGGCUCGGCGAUCCGUCCUGCUUCUGCACCUCGCGCUCCCGCAGGUAAAUUGGCAUGAUGGAUUUCUCCAAGCUACCCAAAAUACUUGAUGAAGAUAGAGAAAGCUCAUUUGGUUAUGUGCAUGGAGUCUCAGGACCUGUGGUCACAGCCUGUGACAUGGCAGGCGCAGCCAUGUAUGAGCUGGUGAGAGUGGGUCACAGCGAGUUAGUUGGAGAGAUUAUUCGGCUGGAAGGUGAUAUGGCGACUAUUCAAGUGUAUGAAGAAACUUCUGGUGUGUCUGUUGGCGAUCCUGUGCUCCGCACUGGUAAACCCCUCUCAGUAGAGCUCGGUCCUGGCAUUAUGGGGGCCAUUUUUGAUGGAAUUCAACGACCCCUAUCGGAUAUCAGCAGUCAGACUCAGAGCAUCUACAUCCCCAGAGGAGUCAACGUGUCCGCACUGAGCAGAGAUAUCAAAUGGGAGUUUACACCCUGUAAAAACCUCCGGGUUGGCAGUCAUAUCACUGGUGGAGAUAUUUAUGGAAUUGUCAAUGAAAACUCACUCAUCAAACACAAAAUCAUGUUACCCCCACGAAACAGAGGAACUGUAACAUACAUUGCUCCACCUGGGAAUUAUGAUACCUCUGAUGUUGUGUUGGAGCUUGAAUUUGAAGGUGUAAAGGAGAAGUUUAACAUGGUUCAAGUCUGGCCUGUGCGUCAGGUUCGACCUGUCACUGAGAAGCUGCCGGCCAAUCAUCCUCUGUUAACCGGUCAGAGAGUCCUGGACGCCUUGUUUCCGUGUGUACAGGGAGGGACAACUGCUAUCCCUGGGGCUUUUGGCUGUGGGAAGACAGUGAUAUCUCAGUCUCUAUCCAAGUAUUCCAACAGUGAUGUGAUCAUCUAUGUAGGAUGUGGUGAAAGAGGAAAUGAGAUGUCAGAAGUCCUUCGGGAUUUCCCAGAGCUUACAAUGGAAGUUGAUGGGAAGGUUGAAUCUAUUAUGAAGAGAACAGCAUUGGUAGCCAAUACCUCCAACAUGCCUGUCGCUGCCAGAGAAGCCUCUAUUUAUACUGGAAUUACACUGUCCGAAUAUUUCCGUGACAUGGGUUAUCAUGUCAGUAUGAUGGCUGACUCUACCUCUAGAUGGGCUGAGGCGCUUCGAGAAAUCUCUGGUCGCUUAGCCGAAAUGCCUGCAGACAGUGGAUAUCCUGCGUAUCUUGGUGCCCGGCUGGCAUCUUUCUAUGAGCGAGCAGGCAGAGUGAAAUGUCUUGGAAACCCUGAAAGAGAAGGGAGUGUCAGCAUUGUGGGAGCAGUUUCUCCACCUGGAGGUGAUUUUUCUGAUCCAGUUACGUCUGCUACUCUUGGUAUUGUUCAGGUGUUCUGGGGCUUAGAUAAGAAACUGGCUCAGCGUAAGCAUUUCCCCUCAGUCAAUUGGCUCAUCAGCUACAGCAAGUACAUGCGGGCCCUUGAUGAGUACUAUGACAAACACUUCACCGAGUUUGUUCCCCUGCGGACCAAAGCUAAGGAGAUUCUGCAGGAGGAAGAAGACUUGGCAGAGAUCGUGCAGCUUGUGGGAAAGGCUUCUUUGGCAGAAACAGAUAAAAUCACUCUGGAGGUAGCAAAACUUAUCAAAGAUGACUUUCUACAACAAAAUGGAUAUACACCUUAUGACAGGUUCUGCCCAUUCUAUAAGACAGUAGGGAUGCUGUCCAACAUGAUUGCAUUUUAUGAUAUGGCCCGCAGAGCUGUUGAAACCACUGCCCAGAGUGACAAUAAAAUCACAUGGUCAAUUAUCCGUGAACACAUGGGAGAGAUCCUCUAUAAGCUUUCUUCCAUGAAGUUCAAGGAUCCAGUGAAAGAUGGUGAGGCAAAAAUCAAGAGUGACUAUGCACAACUUCUGGAAGACAUGCAGAACGCAUUCCGUAGCCUUGAAGAUUAGAACUGUGAUUUUGUUUGUCUUUUUCCUCAGCAAACUCGUGUAUAUUUUCCUAAAUUUCUCAUCUCAAAACCUUGCUUCUUUAUUGUGCAGCUUUGGGACUAGUACCUAUGUGUGUUACCAUUUACUUCCCUGUUUUAUUUGGCAGGUCUUACAGAAAACAAACAUUCCUUUGUUCUCACAUUUGAAGGGCCUCCCUGCCCCAGUGGUGAAUGUAGUAAAUACCAUAUCCAGUGGCUGCACUACUGUGACUGUGUGUAGGGUGAAAACCCUCGUUGCCGUAUGUUUUUGCCCUUUUGUUUUCUGCAUUAAGUUGUACACAGGACUACUGCAUGUACUCUCUUUGCAAGGGAUUUGCAAUGCAAGGCCAGAUUCCCAUACUUAUUGUUUGGCCAUUGUGAAAUGACUCCGUGUCUGGGUGGUAAGGUCACUUGCAGGUUAGCAUCUUGCUAGCUAACUGCUUUACAGGAAAUGUUUACAAAAAUACAAAUGAUUAAUGUUCCAAUAAUGCAUUACUAUCCCUAUAUAAAUCAGGAAUAUUUAUGGGGAACUAUGUUGUUUUGUAAAACAGGCAUAUAUGGAGCUCAACACAAUCUGUCAAUCAGUGCCCUGUCAAAAAUGUAAAAAGUCAAGCAGUCAAAUUUCCAUUAGCAUCAUCUUAAAGCUUAUUUUAUUUCAGUAGGAAAAAAGUCAGUAUCAAGGUCUAUUAUAUGUUGCAUUGCUAAGAAAUUCUUUUUAAAACUACGUUUGAAACAAUCACUGGAAAUUUGAUCCACAUUAUACCAUCUCUCCUCUCCUUAAAUAUUUUCAGCGGCCAGGCCUCUAAGGAUCAUGUGGUGGUGUGCUGGAAAGCCGCAUGCCACAGAGAAGAUACUUAGUGCACCUUGAAAGCUGUGUGCCUCUUUAAGAGUCAGUGGGUUCCAGUGGUUGUUGGGGCCAGAGUGGCAUUCCGUUUCCACAAAAUGAUGACAUGUGUUGCAUCUGCAUGUGCUGAAUUUUAAAGCCACCAGUUUGCCAGUUGUAGAAGACAUGGCUUUCCUUCAUGUGCUUUUUGAAUCGGGUUCAAAAGACUUCUCAGAAAAUCUUUGGUCCUAGCAGCCUGACAGUUUCCAGGUUUUUUAGUAGGGAUGAAAUUAAUUCUUGUAUCUGCUGGUGACAGAAUCUCGGUCAUGUGAAGAAAAAGACAUUUUAUCCUGCAUUAUGAAGUAUAGAUCUCUGUGUUUGUGUAAGACACUUCCAAACAGCUCUGAGAGCAACGUUUUUCCAUUAGGGUUUUUUGACCAAUAGUGCUGGCACCUGUGCCUUCUCUUUGAAAAGAGGAAAGGAUAUGUAAACAUGUGAACAAUUUCAAAUGCUCAAAUGUAGUGGCAUAAAUUAAAGAGUUUUAGCCUCAGUAUAUUAUUUAGCUUUCUAAGUAAUGCAUUUCUUCUGGUCUGUUAAGAAAAGAUAUGAUCAAUAUAGAAUUCAGAUACAGUUUUUUUGUUUAAAUCCUUGCACCCUAUAUGUAUUUGUAGCAGUCUGCUAGUUAGUACAGGUGUUCUUCCACGGAAUUUUUUCCAACCCUUCAGAAUAUUGACAGAUAAAAAAAUUAUGCAGUGAUAUUGUUGAGAUGUGGAUUUCUUGGUGCUGCUUAAUCAGUUUGCUUCCAACGUGGCCUCCGACCCCCAGGCCGCAGGACUAGUGGGAAUGUAAAGGGUUUCAAAAGCGUUCUACUCCUACCUUGAACCGACCAACAAAUUAAGAUUAUGAUCAUAGUGAAUGAUGUAAAGAACAUUUGCCCGAGUUUGUUAUUUGUUCUUAAUUUGAGUCGUGCAUUCUUACUCCUCUGAGAAUGCUGAUGUGUGAGUGUGAAGCUGCUAGAGAAGCUGCUCGGAUAGUCACUGGUAAGUGUACUUCACCUGUAUGUUGUAGAACUUCACAUCAGUGACUUAUAGUGUUUCUUUAGUAAGAAUGUGUUAAAAUUACAAUAUUUUAAAAAAAUGCAGUUCUAUAUUUAUUGUGCUGUGCCUGGUCCGACAUGGGAGCCAGUUAAACAAGUUUCAUAUGUAUUUUUCCAGUGUUAAAUCUCACACACUGUUAUCUUUGGAAAUGUCCUUCCAUCCUAAGGAACGAAUAGAAGAAACUCUAUAUGUACAUACAUUUUGCCUCCUUAUCCUUGCUAUUUCACUCUCUUUAUGUUAAAAGUUGUGUAUAAUUGUUAAAAAUCUAUGAAAGAAUGAAAAGUGGA